AUGGCAACAACAUCAUUAAUGCCAGAUGUCAAUGAAAGAGUUGAUAUAUUGGAGACGUUUCCAUUUCAAGAUGAUCAAUCUUUGAUUGAGGAGAUUCCAAGCACGAUUGGAUACAUUCCAUACAAUAGUUCACACUUUGUAGAUCGUGGAGCCUUUGAAAGUAAAUGGGCCGAAGAGACUGUAGCAAUGGAAAAGAUGGACGAUUUGUUGCGUCAAGGAGAGACCUUUAUCAACAUGGUCUACACGUAUCGUAGUUGCUCCAAGGCAUUGCCACAAGUCAAGACAUCGGAACAAGCCAACAAACAACAAAUCUACGAAGGUACCUUUGAAGUGUUGGAGCCGGAAAUUAAAAAACUCAAGGAUCUCAUGUACUUUCAACGUGACACUAUCAAGAUCUUUUGUGACUAUAUCAAGAAAUUGGCUUCAACCUAUGACAAGAAAAAGGAAACUAUCACUGUAUCUGAAUCUCUUGUCACUUAUCUUGUUAAAUUAUUAGAUCUAUUUGCUUUAUUGGAUGCUUUAAAAAAUGUUAAAGCUUGUUUAAAUAAUGAUUUUUCUUUUUUCAAAAGGGCAAGUGGAUUUUUAAGAAAACAAAUGACAGGAGCAGAAGAUCAAACACAAGAGAAUCAUACAUUAUAUUUAUUUUUGGCACACCAAAAUUCCAUUACAACUUCGUUGAAACAAGAGUUGCAUAAUAUUGACAAGUUUGAAGAAGUGUUGCCAGUACUUGUCAAUCAAUGUGCCGACUUUAUGGAAAAGGAAAAGUAUAUCUUGCCAUCGGAAAAGCAUUGUUAUCUCCGUGUCAUGCCAUACGUAUUGUAUUUGAUCGACGAGAAUGACUCCAAGCACAACAUUUUCAAAAACAAGAACCUCAAUUUGUCUCGUUAUGCCAAAAUCUUUAGAAAGAAUCCUGUAGUUCCAUUGUAUGGUGAUAUGCAAAUUACUUUGGAAGCUCUUGUCAAACGUUCACCUCAUUUUGAUGAAAAGGCUUGGGGUACUUCAACUUUGGACAGUAAAGUCGCUCAAGAAUAUGAAAUUAUCAAUUACUUGGACUCUACCAAAUCGCUUUACCAUGAAUAUGUAGCACGUUUUGCCAAUAUGAUAAAUGAUGUUAAAGCAGCCAAGACUCGUGCACCCAAAGAUCCAUUACCAAUGCCAGAGACUGAUGUCAAAGCUAUCGUAUUACUUGGCCUUAGAAUCCUUUCCGAUUGGUCAUCACGUGUAUUACAACAAAGUGCAUGGAAGUAUUCAAAACCAAACAAUGAUGCUGCCAUUCCAGCCCAAUUUGACUAUGAACGUGUAGUCAAAUACAACUAUUCGGCUGACGAACGUGUCGCGUUGAUUCAGUUUAUCGCCAUGAUCAAGGGUCUCGGUUCCUUGAUGGUCAAACACGAAUCUGUCCUCGAACCAAUCAUUAAACGUUCUAUUCACGGUGAACUCCAACAAUUUAUUCAAAAUCAAUUGCGUGACACUAUCAAGAGUUUUGCCAAAAAGGAAAAGAAAAAGGAUCAUAUCAAAAUUGAAUUGGCUCAACUCAAAACGAUUGCAGCAGAUUGGCUUGGUGGAUCAGAACCAGUUGAAAAUGCAAAUUCAAAGAAAAAGGAUGAAGAAAAGUUACAAAUUCCAAUAAGAGCUGUUCCUCCUAGUACUACUCAGUUGGACUUAAUUCUUACUAUUAUUUCAUCAUUGAUGAAUAAGAAAAAGGAAUUUUCAUCAACACAAUUUGCAGAAUUGGAAACUUUCCAUAAUCAUGCCUACUUUUAUCGUUAUCUACUCAACUUGUCGGCAACUGUCAAUCAAAUUACUGAUCUUGCAGAUCUUUGGUAUAGAGAGUUUUAUCUUGAAUUGAAUAAUCGUGUUCAAUUCCCAAUUGAAACUUCUCUACCAUGGAUUCUAACAGAUCAUAUUUUGGAAAGUGAUGAUCCAUCCUUGAUGGAAUAUAUUUUCUAUCCAUUGGGUCUUUACAAUGAUACGGCACAUCGUGCAUUGCAAUCAUUAAAUCAAAGAUUUUUAUAUGAUGAAAUUGAAGCAGAAUUGAAUCUCUGUUUUGAUCAAUUAUUAUAUAAAUUGUCUGGAAAGAUUUUUGCUCAUUUUAAAACUCAAGCUUGUUCCUUGUUGCUCGACAAGAAUUAUAAAGCACAAUUGGAAUUGGUUCAUUUUGCUGGUAAAUUUAAUGUACCAAAAUCAAGAUUCGAUGUAGUACUUAGACAAAAACAUAUUACUCUGUUGGGUAGAUCAAUUGAUUUGACUGCAUUGUUGGCACAACGUCAAAACAAUUUUGUACGUCAAAAUAUAGAUUAUGCAAUUUCUCGUUAUGAAGCUUCAGAUUUGACAUCGGUCAUUGAAUUGGAAACUCAACUCAAUUCAAUUCGUUUGACCUAUAAAUUGUUGUCGGAAUUUUUCACAUUGGAUCCAUUUGAAAGUAUGAUGAAUGAAGUAAAUGAAAGUACAUCACUUAUUUCAUAUCAUGGUCGUAUUGCAUUCCAUACCAUUUUCGAAUUAAUGACAGAUUUGGCACCAAACUAUACAUUCAACUCGAUUACUCAACGUUUUAUCAAGGCUCCCUAUCUUUUCACUGAAGAUAUUCAACGUGAAAAUAUGCCAAAAACCAAUCCAGUCUAUUUGUUUGGUAACAAACAUCUCAAUGCUGCCUAUGCCAAUUCAGCAGAACUUUAUAAACAUUUUGUUGGAGCUCCUCAUAUUCAUUCAUUACUCAGGGUCGUUGGUAAAAAGAAUUUACCAUUGAUCAUUUUUGAAUGUCUAAGAAAUAUGGAAGUAAAGAUUGUAUCUGUUCUGACACCCUAUGUUAGAGAAUUAAUUUCAUCUGGUAUGCCAGCAUCACAAAAACUACCAAUCUAUGAUUAUGGUACAGAAGGUUGUUAUGGUUAUUUCCAACUUAAAUUGCGUGACAUUUAUACCUAUCCCGACUUGCGUCCUCAAGUCAUUCAAUGUUUUAGAGAAUUGGGCAAUUCAAUCAUCUUUAUGAACCUGCUCGAUCAACAAAUGGUUCAAAGUGAAUGUUCAUCAUUUAUUCAAGCCGCUCCAUUUUUGGGUGUCACACCAGACACUUGGUAUUCAGACAAUACAGGUACCGAUCCAACCACUCAAUCUCCACUCUAUGCUCAACUCGCCAAACUCGCUCAAAUCUUGGAAUCCAAACCAGAAGUGACCAAAGCCCCAGAGUAUUUCAAGGAAAUUGUCAACAAUGCAUGGCGUGCCGACAAGUUUUACCGUCCAACUGGUGCCAACCCAUCCAUCUUUAAGAAUGUCCUCCAACGUAUUACACAGAUCCUCAACUCUGUACGUGCUGAAUGGUCAGGUCUCACUCCAGACAAUGGUGUCAUCAACAUUGAUACUAGUACCGAGUUUUACCGUCUUUGGUCUGCUCUUCAAUUUGUCACUUGUUGGCCACUCACCAAUGAAAAUGACAAGUCUUAUCACGAACUCUUUGGUGAUGGUUUCAUGUGGGCCGGUUGUACUAUCAUUCAUUUCCUAGGUCAACAAAAUCGUUUUGAAUUGUUUGAUUUUUGUUAUCACAUUUUAAACGUUGAAGAUGCUGCUGCAGUUCGUUCUGAUAAACCUGCUCUUAAAAACUUUUUCAAAACGGCAUCGUUUAUGAAAGAUAUGAAUAGUCAAAUCUUUUCAAUUCUCAAUGCCUAUUGUCCUCCUCCAUCUCCUUCCAAUAUGAUCCUAUCCCCUCCUGCAACUGAACAAGCUGAACAAUUUAUUAUUACUACUACUGAAGUUACUAAUCGUGAAGUUGAUGAUAAUAGUAAUAGUAAUAGUAAUGUAAACGUCGUAAAUAAUGGCAAUAAUAAUAAUAAUAGUAUGCCACCACCACCACCACCACCACCAAUGAUUGAUGAUAUGCCACUUCCUCCACCAUUUGGUAUGCCACCUCCUCCUCCUCCAAUAGAUAGAGAGAGAGAGAUGGAAGAAGAAGAAGAAGAUAUUAAUAUUUAUAUAUGUCCAUUAAAUAUUAAUAUAGAUAAUACUAUAAAUGAAUAUUUAAAUAAUAGAUUAAUAUUUGAAUGUUGUUUAAAAGCUACUUCUACUUUAUCUCUAAGAAUAUGGUCAAAUGAAUCAAUAGAAAGAUUAUCAUUACUAUUGGUUUGUAAGAAAUGGUAUUUUACAAUCAUUUCAAAUGUUAGACAAUUGACAAUGGUAGAUGGUAACUUUUUUGCAUUGUCUAAUCGUUUACAUCAAUUUGGUCAAUUGGAACGUUUAGAAUUGGUUGUUCCUAAUCAUCCCAAAUCAAUCAUUACAUUUAUUUCACAAAUCUUUACAAAUCAAAAGAAGAAUGUAUCAUCUCUAUCAUCUAUUGAUUUAUCAAUGUCAUCUAUUACUAGUAAACAUUUAUCUAUACUUUAUAAAUCAUUUCUUGAUAAAUUUCAAAUUGAUCAUGAAAGUGAUAGUGAUGAUGAUGAAAAUGAAAGUGAUGAAUCAAUGAUUGAUAGUAGUGGUGAUGAUGAUGAUAAAGAUCAUAGAGCAAAUAAAAGAUUCUCAAGAUUUGAAAAACAAUUAAAAAAUUCAAAAUCUAGAAUCAUACCAAAUAUAUCUGAUCAAGAUCAAUUUCAUCUUGAUGAAUUCAAUCUUUCAAGUAACAAAUUGGAUAAUCAAGGUAUAUCUUAUCUUGUUACUUUAUUAAAUGGUUUUAUUAAAAUUAAAAAUUUAAUUUUAGAAAGUUGUGAAUCAUUAGAUGGAUUAGAAUUUAUUGGUCCAUUAUUACAAGAUAAUUUAUCAAUUAAAAAUAAUAAAACAGAAUAUAAUUCAAUUAUAACAUUAUCAAAUGGAUUAAGAAAAAAUUCAAUAUUAUCUCAUUUAUCAUUAAAAGGAUGUGAUAUUGAAGGUUGGGGUGCAUUGAGUUUGGGUGAUACAAUGGCUAUAAACAAGACUUUGACUCAUUUGGAUAUAUCUGAUAAUUUAUUUGGUAGUGGAGGAUUUACAAAUUUGGCUUUAAAAUUAAAUGGUAAUGAUUCAUUGAUUCAUUUAAAUGCAUCUGGAAAUCAUAUAGAAUCAAUUGGGUUUUCUCAAAUAUUUAAUACUCUAUCAAUGAAUAAUACAUUGACCUAUUUGGAUUUAUCAAGAAAUCAAAUGAAUACCACAAAUGAAAUUGGCAAUAGUCUUGUGGAAUCGAUUGCAAAUAAUAUGGGUCUGGAAACUUUGUUGCUUUCGGAAUGUUCAAUCAAUAAUGAUCAUUUUAUUCAAUUGUCUUUGGCCAUUUCAAAUAACAAAUGUUUAAAAAAAUUGGAUUUAUCAAGGAAUAUGAUAAAUAAUAUUAAAAGUUUGAUUUUAAUAUUAAUUAAAAAUUCAACAUUGAAAAGUUUAAAUUUGGCUAGAAUGAUGGUAUCGAUACCAGAACAACAUUUACAAGUGUUGUUUUAUUAUUUGACAAGAGUUGCAAUGCCAAGGGAUGUUAUGGCUGCUGCUGCUGGGGAUUGGUUGGAUGAUGGUGGUAGUAGUAUGUCGGUGGAUAUGGUGGUUCAUCGUUUGGAACAUGUUAAUUUGAUGCCAAAGGCGGCAUUGUCUGGUUCUUGUGUGAGGAGGUUGAAUCAAAUAGUGGCGCUUUCUAAACUUUGCUUUUUACAAUUAAAGUUUUAA